GGGUUUAGAAACUCUGUGGUACUAUGCCGGAAUGUGAAAACAUACCUCAAUCCAGGGAUGGAAUAUGUCGUUCUACUCAUACCGAAUCGAGAAUAUUUAAAUACUACUUGUUUUUAAUUAAACUGACGUUUUCACCAGCAUGCUAGGCUAGCUAAUGCAAUAGCAGCCCAUUGAAAGUGCAACGCCUAGAGUUGGCGUGAGUAGCUACCGGAAGUGUUAUUGAAUCCAAUGGGUUGCUUUAGCAUUAGCUUGCUGACGAAAAUGGCAGUUUAAUAAAAUAAUGAACAGUAUUUCAAUCUUCUUGAUUCACCUUUCAUCAUUUCGUGAUGAUUAGAAGUACAACGAUAUAUUCCAUCCCUGGAUUGAGGUAUACUGUGACGGGCUCUGGCUGUCCACAUUCUGACAUAGUACCGUUCCGACUCAAGGGAGAGAAAUGAUAGAGAGUAGGAUCCUUUUUGCGCUUCUCCAAAAGUACAAGAACAUGAACCAUAUUUCAUACCUUUGUCAUUAGCCAACUCUGAUGUGAGCUUCCUAAGAAUCCACCUGUCUGGGAAUAACAGCCGUAUAGAGCUCCUGCAGGGCCCUCGGGACAACAUAGUAUAUGCUACAGACCACAUAAACCUGUUCCAGACAAACUUCAACAGUUCUAAGCCCUCUAGAAUGCUAAGUCCUGUGUUUCGAGAGGAAUGUAGAAGUAAUGAUUUCACAUCACCAGACUGUCACUAUAACAUCACUGUUUUACACAAGACUAACGAUCCAAACCAACUGUUCCUGUGUGGAACCAAUGGACAACAACACACUUUGUGCUGUUACAUGAACCCAUCAGACGACCCGUUUAACUGCACUCGAUCCAAGGCCAUCCAAAACAUUCAACAACACAUAAAUGAAACAGAGCCAUCACUCCUCAUUGGUUCUUCUGGGGUAGAGGAGUUCUACACCACUCACUCAGGCACAGAGGGUUCCGUGGGGAUCAACAGGUUCGGGAAGAACAGACUAUGGACAGACAACAGUGGAACAGAACAGAGAUAUGUAAGUUUGAUGGCUAGCGGGCAGAGAGAGGAUCGUCUGCAGGACAGACUAUAUGCUUUCUACAUAGAGAAGAACCGACACCCGCGUUUGGACUCUGAUCUCUGGGUUCCCCGGGUUGCUCAAGUCUGCAUGGCCGAUCGUGGAGGACCUAAGGGUUAUCUGCAGUUCAGGUGGACCUCCAAGCUGAGUGCCAGGCUCUUCUGUGGAUACCAAGACAGCAAGCUGUCCUUCACCCAGCUAGUGGACGUGAACACUGUUCUGGAAGAGAGGUGGCAGGAUACCAGGGUCUAUGCACUCUUCAGGAAUGGCUGGGGUAUGAGUGCUGUAUGUGUCUACACCGUAGAAGAUAUUGACCGCAUCUUUAAAACCUCCAACUUCAAGGGACACACGGGGUCCGUCCCAAUCCCACGACCUGGGAAGUGUGUUGAAGACAGUACUAAACUCCCCAUGGAAGUCCUGAAGAUGGUGGACAAGGUUUCAGAGAUGGAGGAGCGUGUCACCAGUAGGCCUCUCCUGGUCACUCACCAGUAUUACCACCACAUCCGCGUGGACAAAGUCCAAGGCAAAGGGAAUGUCCUGUUUCUGUCUCUAGGGAAUGGAGGGAUUCAUAAGGUUCUGGAGAGGGAUGGUCAUGCCUUCAUCAUCGCUGAGUUACGACCUUUUAACUACAGAGCACACAUCCUCAGUAUGAUGUUGCACUCCUCCACGGGGAAGCUGUAUGUGGGCUCCAGCAGAGAGCUGGUUCAGAUUGACCUGGGCAGCUGUGAGCAGUAUGGAGCCCAGUGUGAAGACUGUGUCCUGGCCAGAGACCCUUACUGUGGCUGGGAUGGCCAUCACUGCACCACAGCAACAAAUAAGACAAUUCAGGAUGUGGAGAACGGGAACCAUCAGGUAUGCAGCAACAUAUCCAGAGGAGUUACUGCAAGUAAAGUUUAUGUUCUAAGGUCAUCAGGUGGCGCUGCAGAUGGAAUCAGAGUUUCUCAAUCUUCAAAGUACUUCCUCCAUUGCCCAACCUUGUCCAGCCACGCUGAGUACAGCUGGAGGCACCAUGGCAACACCACAGCAACACCGUGCAUCUCCACAGGGUCAGAGCACCAGUGUCUCCUGCUAAUAGAGAGCAUGGGCCCUGAGCAGCAGGGAACAUACAGCUGUGUGUCUGAGGAGAGGGGCUACCACAGGACUCUGGUGCAGUACCAGUUACAGCUGGACAGUGGGGCCUCAGGCCUGGCCUCUCACCGCCUGCCCUGUCUUGGUCUGGGUCUGGUACUAACACUGGUCCUGACUUUGCUCUGCUAGCAUCCGCUCUAUGGAUUCUCACCCCUGCCCUAUGACCAAGCUGACUUGACUUGGACAUCCCUGCACUUGUACUUUUGUCUUCCUUACACCCAUGCUACCUCAAGAAUAGUUCAUGACAGUCAAAGUCCGAGCCAUUUCGCUGAGCCGUUUCCUUUUUUACUUUCACAAUCAAUUGGUAAAAAACAGAACGCUGUAGAAGUUAAAGCUACUGCACUUUUGCGGAGUUAAGGAUUUAUUGGCCUUAUGCAUUUUAUAAUCAUGCUACGUUAUCCAAUAUGGAAGGCAGCAAGCCUUGUAGAGGACACCCAGGUUAACACUCAAAAAUGUCAUAAAAAAUAGACACUACUGCCAGAGUCUUCAGAACAGCCACAUGCCUGCUCAUGGCUUCGAGCAAGAAGUUGACAUGGUAGGGAAAAAAAAAAUAGUUUAAAGUUUGUAAUCUGAAUAUGAGCCUCAUAUUAUCACAUAUAAAUUCUCAAAUGUGUGUUCUGCUGUUGCCUAAAUUUAUUUAAAGUUAUAUUAUGAUAUUUUUAUGUUUGUUUUACUUCUACAUUGUCUUGAAAAUGAUAUGAAAUUCGGGUCUUGAAAGCCCCACAGCUGA